UUUAGACGGCCUAAGCUUAUUAGUAUUUAAAAGUGGAUGGGACACAGGCACACAGCAGUAAAUGCCCUUUUUUUAGGUAGAAAAAUUGAAUCCACGCUAGUGAUUAAGCUUGUGAUUCCACGUAGCCAAAAAGAUUUAUUUUUUUAAAAAAAAUUUCUAAUUCUAGAGGAAAUCAUGGUUUCCCUCUCCUCUAUAGUCUUCUCUAAAGCUCUAGCUCUUUGUUUAACUUCUUGAAGAGAUUGGUAAACAAAGAAAGUCAAAAACAGAAGAGAAAGCGUUGGCGAUGGGCGUGACUGGAGUGUUCAUGGAGGUUGGAAAUGAUGGUGUUGCUGUCAUUACCAUCUCUAAUCCUCCCGUGAAUGUUUUAACCGUUGCCAUAAUUGCGGUACUGAAGGAGAAAUUCAGUAAGGCUACGAGGAGAAGCGAUGUCAAGGCUAUUGUUUUGACCGGCAAGGGUGGAAGGUUUUCAGGGGGUUUUGACAUCAGUGCUUUUCAGAAGGUUCCUAAGAGUGGAGAUGUUUCGGAUUCACCGAAUGAAUCAUUUGAUCUCAUUGUCAACACUAUAGAAGAUUGCAAGAAGCCUGUUGUUGCUGCUGUUGAAGGGUUGGCUCUUGGAGGUGGCUUAGAAUUGGCAAUGGGUUGUCAUGCACGUAUUGCUGCUCCAAAAACUCAAUUAGGCUUGCCAGAAUUGACACUUGGGGUGAUUCCUGGACUCGGAGGUACACAACGUCUUCCGAGGCUUGUAGGGGUAUCAAAGGCUGUUGAAAUGCUGCUGUUUUCAAAACCAAUAAUGUCUGAAGAAGGAAAGUUUCAAGGUCUUAUUGAUGACAUUGCAUCUUCUGAAGAGUUACUGAGAACAUCUCGACUAUGGGCUUUAGGGGUUGCGGAGAGACGUAAACCAUGGGUACGUUCUCUCCACAGAAGAGACAAAAUUGGAUCCCUGUCUGAAGCACAGGGGCUGUUAAGAAAUGCUAGAGAACAAGCCAGAAGGACUGCUCCAAAUAUGCCUCAGCAGCUGGCAUGUCUUGAUGUAGUUGAGGAGGGCAUUCUCCAUGGAGGAUAUGCUGGGCUUCUAAAGGAGGCCACAGUGGCCAAAGAGUUAGUCCUGUCAAAUACUUCAAAAGCUCUCGCUCAUCUUUUCUUUGCACAACGUAAUGCAGCAAAGGUGCCAAACAUUACUGAUGUCGGUCUGAAACCAAGGCAUGUAAAGAAAGUUGCUAUUAUUGGUGGAGGCAUAAUGGGCUCGGGAAUAGCUACAGUUCUUAUCUUAAGCAACAUAUCUGUUUUUCUCAAGGAAAUCGACUCUGAAUAUCUCCUAAAAGCAAUGAAAACAAUAGAAGCAAAUAUUCAAGGCUUAGUAACUAGAGGAAAAGUGACACAGGAUAAGGGGCGGAAAGCCCUUUCAAUGCUGAAAGGAGUGUCCGACUAUUCAGAAUUUAAGGAUGUGGAUAUGGUCAUAGAGGCAGUCAUUGAGGAUGUUCCUUUGAAACAAAAAAUCUUUACUGAACUCGAGAAGGUCUGUUCUUCUUGCUGCAUUUUGGCUACAAAUACAUCCACCAUUGACCUUAAAGUCGUUGGGGAAAAGACCAACUCACAAGAUCGUAUCAUAGGGGCUCAUUUUUUCAGUCCUGCUCAUGUAAUGCCUUUACUGGAGGUUGUACGAACAGAGAAAAAUUCCCCACAAGUUAUUCUUGAUCUCCUGACUGUUGGAAAAAUAAUAAAGAAAGUUCCUAUUGUGGUAGGUAACUGCACUGGCUUUGCAGUUAACCGAACAUUCUUCCCCUACAUGCAAGGUCCACAUCUUUUGGUCAAUUUAGGUGUGGACUUGUUCAGGAUUGACAGGGUGAUCAGGAAUUUUGGCCUUCCCAUAGGUCCUUUCCAGCUUCAGGACUUGGGUGGAUAUAGACUAGGCUUGGCAGCUGGGAAAGAAUUUGCAAAUGCAUUUCCUGAUCGAACAUUCAGGUCUCCAUUGACUGAACUUUUGUUGAAAAAUGGACGAAAUGGCAAAAGCAAUGGAAAAGGAUUUUAUAUUUAUGAAAAAGGAAGCAGGCCAAAACCUGAUCCUUCAGUGCUACCUAUUAUUGAGGAGUCUAGACAGCUUAUGAAUAUUAUGCCUGGUGGAAAGCCUAUAUCAGUUACAGACAAAGAAAUUCUAGAGAUGUUAUUGUUUCCAGCAGUUAACGAGGCAUGCCAUGUUUUGGAUGAGUGUGUAGUAGCUCGAGCAUCAGACCUUGAUGUUGCAUCUGUACUUGGAAUGAGCUUCCCAUCUUAUCGUGGUGGAAUCAUGUUUUGGGCAGAUACAGUUGGGUCAAACCAUAUCUAUACGAGUCUCAAAAGAUGGUCAGAAAUGUAUGGUAGCUUCUUUAAGCCAUCAAGGUUUUUGGAAGAAAGAGCCGUGAAGGGCAUGCCACUGAGUGCACCAGCAACAUCAUCUCCAAAAUCGAACUCAAAGCUCUAGGCCGAUGAAGGUGUGGUGGCUGCGAGGGAAAACCAAUGUCACAUCUGUCUUAAUGCACACAAACAUUAAAGGCAAUAGGAAAGUUAUUGUCCCUAUUUCCUAUUCUGAAAUAAUUUCUUUUGCAUAAAUUGGAAGGUUGAAUUAGAAUGAGAAAUUUGUUGAAACGAUCCAUUUAUCUGAGACUUCUCCAUGAUGUAGAAAAUGCAUAAAUAUCUUUAAGUGGUAUUAAUUAUUAACCUAAACCUAAAUUCAGAUA